AUGAACCCUUGUGAGCAUCCUAUAGUGAUCUUGAAGGAUGUGGCACAUCAGGAAUUGCGUCAGCUGCUACAAUUCAUGUAUCGCGGUGAGGUUCACGUGCGUCAGCAAGAACUCUUCGCUUUCCUACACACUGCUGAGCUGCUUCAAGUGAAAGGAUUGACCUCAGGCAGAGAGCAUAGCGAGUCGCCGCCGCCUGUGCCGGACGAGAACACGGGGCCCGACGCCCCAGAGCAGUCGGGCGACAGCCAGCCCGAGUGGGUGCCCGGCGGCGAGGACACCAUUGCAACCGAGGCCUCCGCCGAUUUCACAGCAGCGCCUUUUAAAGAGGAGACUGCGCGCAGCCCCCUGAAACGAUUACUGAAAGACACGCCGAAUAAGAAUAGCUGUACCAUCAAGAAGAAAUCCCGAUCGAUCAACAACAGUCCAACGCACAUCGAGAACACCGAAUACACAUCUGAUGGCGAGCCGCUGAUCGACUUCGACACCGACGUAUACAACAAUGUGCUGGUUAUGCCGGAGUCAGCGAAAGAGUCCGGGUGGAACUGCAAAACGGGCGGCGUAAAGUGCCCAUCCUGCCAUCGGUUCUUCGCCAACCGCUACAAUCUGAAGGUGCACAUAAGGGAUAAGCAUGACACGCGCGAGGGUACUCUCCAAUGCGACAUAUGCCAGAAACGUAUGCGGAACCCCUCCUGCCUCCGCGUCCAUAUGUAUCAUCAUCGCAAACAGGCGGCCUAUCUUGCCCAACUCAGCUCCCAGGGCGAUCAGAUGCGACAUGUUGUGCAGAGUAUGGUCGGUAGCAAAUGGCGCUCGGAUGCAGCGUUAACCAACACUGAUUUGAGGGACGUAGAAAAUACGCCGACAUCUGCGCCGGCUGCGGAAUCAAAUCGUAUUGACGAGCCAACUGAGGUUGCCCAAGUAACUCCUGAACACGUUAUACCGAAGGCGGAGGCCACCCCUGGCACCGUA